GUGACGUCCCCGCCUCUGUGCAGUGUGACGUUGCGGGGCUGUAGUGGAGCCUCUCGCUGCAUCUUGUUGACGGUCCGCCAGGCUUUUCCAGUACCGAGAAGACCCCGCUGGAGAGAGGACGACCGUCACCGCGCAGCGUUUUUAGGAAGCGGAUCAGAACACAGAAAACUUCAGUCAUCAUCAUGCAUGUGUGUCACUACCAGAAGAUUUGUGUAAUUUGAAAAGACGUAAGGACAAAAAAAAAAAGGCUUGGAGGAAUACAAGAACUCAGUCAGCUGAAAGAAACAACAAUAACACAGUUCCUAAACAUGGCCAGCACCCAGACCAGUUUGAACACCCCUUUCAAAGACUUGAUCUCAUUCAAGGGCAACAUGAAACGUCUAUACAGAGAGCGACUGGAAGACGCGCCCAUCAAGAAGCGAGUGAUUGCCGAGAUCAACCUGAAGCGUCGCAGCUUGGAUUCCCUCCCCAAAACUCCCAAGGUGAAAAGGGAGUUUAUCGAGGAUCUGUGUCAAGAGGACAUGGAUGUGGAGGGCCGGGCUGAACUGCACAUGGUGGGCUCUGCUAAAGCCCUGGACCUGAGCCCUGGGCUCAAACACACACUGGCCCAGUUCACCCUCAGCAGCCAGAGUUCCCUCGGGGGCCCAGCUGCCUUCUCAGCCCGCACCGGCCACGAGCAUUCCCCGGCCGGCAUGCCACCCCUCCCCUCCCCUCCUGUUCUGGGAGGGGGCCCUCUGCUGGUUCCCUGUGACAGCUCCACUGAACUCACCCACUCGCUGCUGGAAGGAGAGUCUAUCUCCUGCUUCGUCGUCGGGGGAGAGAAGCGCCUUUGCCUGCCCCAGGUGCUCAACUCUGUGCUCCGCGACUUCUCGCUGCAGCAGAUCAACACUGUGUGCGAUGAGCUCUACGUCUACUGCUCACGUUGCGAUGCUGAGCAGCUGCACAUCCUCAAGGUGCUGGGCAUAUUGCCGUUCAACGCACCUUCCUGUGGCCUCAUUACACUGACUGAUGCACAGCGGUUGUGCAAUGCUCUGCUGCGUCCUGGGGCGGCAUUGCCCUCUGACCCCAGCGGUAAGCUGUCAACCCAGGGCCUGCUGAAAGAGAGUGAAGCCAGUUUCCAGGUGGAGCACCAGUGUUUGGGGAAAUGCCAGGGUCUGUUUGUGCCCCAAUUCUACACCCAGCCGGAGGCCCACUGUAUCCAGUGCAUUGAGUGCCAGUUGCUCUUUUCACCGCAGAAGUUUGUCAUGCAUUCUCACAAGUCACCCGAUAAGAGGACCUGCCACUGGGGCUUUGACUCAGCCAAGUGGCCCUGCUACCUGCUGCUUGCCAGGAAGUACCAAGGCAUGCCAGAGGAGCCGAAGCUCAAGCAGCUCCUGGAUGAGGUCAAAGAGAAGUUCCACUACCAGCUCAAGAGGUCGCUAGAAAAAAAGUCAGUGGAGGAGGAGGAGAGCCAGGUGAGGAAACCCCCGGCGGAUCUCUGCUCCCCCAGCAGCAAGUUGGCCGAGUCCGACCCGGCAAGAAAGGGGAAAACAUCUCCACCUGCUCUGGUGUUCAAUCGUCUUUUCUCCGACAUCAAGGAGGAGCCAGGACACCCCACCAUGGUCCAUCCCAGUUACUACCUGUACACAUACGAUAAGAUGGUUGCUCCCAACGUGUCUCUGCAAAGGGAGGCGGAGAUGAGCCCCGAGAUGUUCGGAGCGCUGCUCAAACACCACUACAGCCGCCGAGUGCUGGGGCACGACGAGCCGCCCAUGGAUCUUCACGCGUCGCCUCCCGUCGCUGCUGGCGCCGAGGAGGCCAAAUCCCAUCGUGCUGCUGCUGCCUCGGCCACUGAGCGGGAAUGCCAAACCCAGGCAGUUUCCAUGGCGACAAGCAGCCCAAGCUGCAAGAAAGCCACCCGCACCCCCGUCCACUCCCCUCCUCCGGCUCCCACUCCUGUGUCGUCGUUGUCGCCGGUAACGGAAGUAGCGGUUAAGGACACGGGCUUUGCUGUGAGCAGUGCUGCAGUGGUGGGGGGAGUGGAGGACGACAAGGACAGGAUUGUUGUGGAGAUCAUGCAGAUGUACGGCAGGCAGCAGGAGAAGCUCAACUCCACCCUGCACAAGCAGCUGCAGCUGGAAAUGGAGCUGGAGGCGGUGCGCGGGGGCGAGGCAGCGAGGCUACGAGAGCUGAGUGCCGAGCAGCGGGAACUGCGCAGCGAGCUGGAGGCCGUGCACAGCGAGCAGGCGCGGCAGCUCAGCCAGGCCCGCCAGGAGCAGCUGGAGCUGGAGACUCGUUUGGAGCAGCUCCGACAGCAGGCCUGCGCCUGCGAGCCGGGGGCUCAGCGCCACCAAGAGGCCCACUACACUGCACAGUUGUCGGAGCUACGUCAGAGGCUGGAGCGGGCGGAGGCCGACCGGCAGGAGCUGCAGGAGGAGCUGCGCAGGGAACGUGAGGCGCGGGAAAAGCUAGAGCGCACAAUCAGCCAGCUCAAGCAGCAGAUGGUGCAGUCUGCCGUGGUGGGAGGCAGCCCCUCUCCUCCUCUUACCCCUUCAACCAGACCCCCUAACGCCCACUCCCCGCACUCCUCCUUCUCGGAGGCCCCAGCGGCUGGCCAAAAGUAACUGCCACCCCCCCUCAGGCGCCUCUCUCAUUCCUCUCCCUAUUACCCGCCAACUCUACAGACACAAACAGCCUGAAGCUGAAAGGAUGUUUUUAAGUUGAGCUCUCCCCUUUCCCUCCAGUGUAGGACUGACUUUUGUUUUGUAAUUUAACAUCACUUAAAUGUUCUGUUUUUUAUUUUGCUUUCUUUUGCUCCCCUCUCCUGUCUUUAAAUGGUAUUUAAAGAUGUGUUUGGGGGAUGUAUGUUUGAUUUAAUUUAUAGUUUUUACUGAACAACAGCUGCUUCACAAACGGGAGUUUGGAGACAAACUCAACCCAUCAUGAUUUCCCCCUCACGACUGUCUCCCUCCUCUCGAACCCCUCUCUGGAUUCUGGAGCUCAUGCCUUGGAGAUUUCAGACUCCAGCUCAGACACACAGACUCCUCAUGCUACUACCUGGCACAGCAGCCGGUGCCCUCGGACACAAAAAGGCGCCCCGGUUGCAUGCCCCUUCUCCAUCUCUCUCUGUACGUACAGCCCAAACACUCAAGUACCAGCGACUGCAGGAAACUGCAUGGACAUUUUAAUACAGUUUUCUUUUUUGCUCCUAAAACACAGAAAGAAAAAGUCUAUCAUGUUAAAUAAAUCAAAUCUAUAUGGAGGAGAAAGACCUUUACUGUACAAAAAAAAGACCUCAUGAGAAUAUGCCAAUUGUGACGCUGAACAUGGAAUGAGUGUUUUGAGUGGGACCCCUUCAAGGUAGCUAGCUUACUCUUCUGGCCUGGACUCCAGCUGCUCCGCACACACAGUUUCCUCUUCCUCCGCUGUAUGCUAGUGAUUGCCCUCUGCUGGAAAACUCCUUAACACUGUGGUUUUCACCCACUUUAGGCUAGACAGGAAACACUGUGCUCUUUUCUUGGCUUGGCUUGGAAGAAGCUCACGAGCGGUGUUAUACACUUAACGCGCUCUCCUCCCCCAGAAUCCCCUGGGAGAGGAAUGUUUCUGGACUCUGGGGGCUGGUUGUGUAGCUUUUCUAAGAAAGAGGGAAGUCUCACAUGUGCAGUAGCUAGCUGCACUGUGUUACCAUAAUAAUACAUUGCACCAUCCUCGAGUGUGUCAGUGCAGAACAAUGGCCCCGGCAGAUGAUCAAAGCUCCGGGCUGUCCCUGUUUUCAGGGCUCCUCUUUUUGUAUCGUUUGGCUUCAUUGUUAACAGACGUUUUUUAUCCAGCGCCCGGUUUGUCAGAGCGUCAUCUAGGGACGUGGGUCGCAGGUGAAAGCAGUUAGUCCGGUGGUUUGGGCCUCGAGUCCGGCCCCUGCUCCACAUUAUUCUGCCUGGCUGAACAAACAGCACCGACAGGAAGAGAGGGGAGGCGAGGGUUGAGGGGAGCGCUUGGGGGGGGACUGGUGCUCUCUCCCCCUGCAGCAGGCUGGGUGGCCCAGACGCCAGGGGUACACAGGGAGCCCGGUUUUUUGUUUUGUACCUUCAGAAUGGGGGCAGCUGUUGUUGUCUGUGGGCCUCUGAUCGCCCUUGACUGUACAGGAUCCCCCCCAUCUCCAAUCCACCUCUCAAAAACCUCCCUCCCUCGUCCUCUCCCACAAAAACGACCGUAACUCACUCACACAUACCCGUCCAUCCAUCCCCAGCGCCAGAUCAGCCGGGGGUGCGCCGUGUUUUGUAGGAUAGCGAGCAGACGUCCAGCCAGAGGAAGAAAGGACUUUUAUUGUCAGUUGCCGGGCAAAAGCGCUUUUUAUUGCCACUAAGUAGAUCCCUGUACGCGAGUGUGUGUGUGUGUGUGUAAAUAAUUGUUUAAAAAGAGAAGGGGAUCGGCCUCAGUUAAACUCUGAGCUUUUUUAUGCAUCUGCUAUAAAUGCAAAUUGAUAGACAUUCCACUGUGCUCCAUCCUGUUCGAUGCAGAUUUUCUUACACAGCUUCCCUUUACGAUAGCAGAGCCUGAAGACUGGGCCGAGUACAGUUGUGGUUUGUUGAUUGUCAGAAAAAGCAGGUGCAGGUGCAAGCCAGUAAAAUCAAACCCACGCCGCAAAUGUACACUCUACUGUUCCAUUUAAACCUUUAUUGAAAUUAUGAAAGAAAAUAUUUAACGUAUUAACUAAAGAUUUAUAUUCACUUUGUAAAUACAGUAGUCAUUAAUAUAUUAACUGUUCUUAUGAAAAAUCUUCAAAAGGUUAUAUAAAUUGGACCAGAACUAAGGCUUCAGUUGUUUCUGCUUUCUUUUUUAAAAAUGAUCAGAACUCGGCUUUUGUCGAGUUGAUGUGGGGGGAGUGAAACAUGGUUUACUGAGACGUGAUGCAGGAAAAAUGCAAAAAUAGGAAAAUAAUACUUUGUUACACACUUUGCCCCCUUUUUCUGAAAUGAUGCAUUCUGUUUGUGUAAUGUGACAAGCUUUUCCCUCCUUGUUAACCCCUCCCCCUAUGAGAUGCAUUUGAAAAUGAAACAUUUGCUUAAGAAAAUGCAUUUUGAAAAAACAAAACAAAAAUGUUUUCUUUUUGCAUGUUUGGCUGCCCCUUAUGUUUUGUGUCACUGGGCCAAUCUUAUCAAUCUGUAAAAAAAAAAAAAAGAAAGAAAGGAGAUGUCCCCCCCCCCACGUAACGCACAAACUAUUGAGAUGGCUCAUAUGCAUGAACAUUGAACAUGUGCAAGUUUUAUAUCAUUAUUGGUUUAGAGGUUGAAUAAGUAUAAAGUCAGAUUAUGAAGAACAUAAAAUGUAGCCUAAUUUGAAAUGGUGUGUGUGUGUGUGUGUGUGUGUGUGUGUGUGUGUGUGUGUGUGUGUGUGUGUGUGUGUGUGUGUGUGUGUGUGUGUGUGUGUGUGUGUGUGUGUGUGUGUGUGUGUGUGUGUGUGAGAGUGUGUGUGUGUUGGCCUCCCACGUCUGACUGAAGCACAGCAGCUUUGAAAAGGGAAUGAAAACUUGCUCAUGUAGCUCUGGAUGUGUAGUUAUUAUUUCUGAUUCUGAUCAUUUAUCCUUGUGUGGAUCAUUUCAAAAUAUAAUCAGUAUUAGUUUUUAAUGACUUAAUUACCUCUUCGGCAGAACAGAACAAAAAGAAUUCCUUUCAAUUCAUCACAUUAGCAGAUAACCAAUGUUACUCUAAUCGUGUAAUUACAAUUUUGUACACAAGGGGGCGUUACGCUUCUUUAAUCAUACAUCAUAUUGAAAAAAAGACAAAAUGAAAGGGGAGAAAUUUAACAGGUUUGCUGAGCCUUUUUGCAUUUUGCAGUGUUAUGCGAACUUGGAUAUGCUUUGUACAGAAUUUUUACAGCUGUGUAAAGUUUGCCCCACACAGGAGAAAAACAAGGCAAAAUGGGCAGAGCUUUACCAUGUGGAGACAUUUAAAUACUGGAUUCACAUUCCCAUAAUGCCUCCUGGCUAUGUGGAGAAAACUUGUAAACUAAUCCAAGAUGACCUUUGACCUGGUAUGCUUUAUAGUUGGGUGUGUCAUUUUCAGCAGGUAAUUAUUCUAUGCCAGUGAAGGAGAACAAGAAAGUCUGGCUGCAUUGAUCACACAGAUCCCUGGUUACUGAGAAUAGGGAUGCCAUGUUUUUAAUUUAUACACAUCCUGCUAUAGAUGAAAAAACAAAAAAAAAAUCAUGGCUUUGCUAAGAAGAACUCUCUUUCCCUUUGAUGCUGUUCUGAAAAACAGCGUCUGAGUUUGACCAUUGCAUACUACGUUGCCAAUACUACAGUGUGAUGAGACUUUUGUUCUUGCAUGAAUCGAGACACUGUUCUCCUACCUCAUGUUGUGAUAUAAAAAUAUGUUUUUUAAGCAGAUGACACUGCAUCUCUAACUGUUUAUCAUCAUUGAUAUUUACUAGUAAAUUACAUACCUGUAAAUGCUUUUAGCUAAUACCUCAGUUGUAUCUAGUGUUUGUUUUUUUUCUGUUUUUGCCCUUCCCUGAUUUCAGAUCUUGUAAAUAUUCCCUGUAUAGACAAUGAACUUGGAUCAAAUUCAAGUAAAGUUCUGUAGUGUCAAA